CUGUCCAGGGUGGACCCCGCCUUUCGCCUAUAGACUGCUGGAGAUAGGCACCAGCUCCCCCAUGACCCACUAUGGAAUAAGCGGUAUAGAAGAUGAAUGAAUAUAGAGAACAUCAAGUUCUAAACUAUAACCUAUAUUUUUUAGAAAUAAAAACACUCAAUAGUAACAGUAGAAAAAUAAUUUUGUUACUUUAUUACUAUUAUAUUUCUUAUGCAUGCAGAUAUGUACUCUAUUCCUGCAUUUAAUAUGUAGACUAUGUUUAGUAGGUUUAAGAGGUUGACAUUUUCAGACAGCAAAGGUGGGGGUUGGGGGUAAUGGGUGGUAGGUGUGGGGCAGCGGUGCUCUUGGAUUGGGGUCAAAGAUUAAAUUUCAACUCUACAGCAUUCCCUGGGGUGGCGCGUAACAGAGAGGGUUCAAAGAGAAGUGAUCCACAAACAAGCUUAACUUCAACCCAGGGCUGCAGAUGAACACCACAGCGGCCCCUGAAGGAGCUACGCUGCUCCCUCUGCCUCCUCCUCAUAGUUCACGAAAGAAGGGAAGAUUGGGACAGCUUUCCUGGACAUCCUGAUGAGGGAAUCAAUACAGAGCAAGCUGCGGACGGAGGGAAGGCUCAUCACCGCAGGCACCUGGAGGUGGAGGCACAGCAGAAGAGUUAUGUGGAAGUGUGAGUAGUCCGAGUUAGUGAAGCCAGCACAGAGACACAGUCAGCAAGAGAGAGAAACAUCUGACCCUGAGACAUGAAUAAUCAAGACAAGGGAGGCACAGAUGGAGCAGGAGAUGAAACAGAAGGGAAACAAAAAGCUGAGGAGAUCAGUGAUGAACAAAAGCAGAGCAAAGACAAGUACAACAAGCUGGAGAAGGAGAGCAGUGAGAAGGAGGUAAGGAGUGAGGCCAGGAGGGAGAGCUGUCGCCCCUGUAGGAGCAGCUUGGCGCUGAGUAAACGUCUGGCUAUCAACGUCUCAGGGAUGCAUUAUGAAACCCAGCUCCGUACCCUUGCUCAGUUCCCCGACUCUCUGCUGGGGGACCCCCGGCGCCGGCUCCGUUACUACGACCCCCUGCGCAACGAGCUCUUUCUGGACAGAAACCGCAUCUGCUUCGACGCCAUCCUCUACUUCUACCAGUCAGGUGGAAGGCUGAGGAGGCCCGCCAACAUCCCCCUGGACAUGUUCCUGGAGGAGCUGCACUUCUAUGAGCUCAGCGAAGAGAUCAUCGACCGCUUCAAAGCAGACGAGGGCUUUCCUAAAGAGGAGGAGAGACCCUUGCCUCCCACAAAGUGGCAGCAGAAAAUCUGGAUGCUGUUUGAGUAUCCUGAGUCCUCGGGUGGAGCCCGGAUCAUCGCCAUCAUCAGUGUCAUGGUCAUCGUCCUCUCCAUCCUCAUCUUCUGCCUGGAGACUCUACCUGAGUUCAAAAAUGAGAAGGAACACAAGGAGCAAUACACAACCACGUCUCAUCCGACCAUCCCCAACGGAACCAUCCUGGUCCCACCAAAGUUCUCUCCCUUCCAAGACCCGUUCUUCAUAGUAGAGACCAUAUGCAUCUGCUGGUUCUCCUUUGAACUCAUCAUGCGCUUCAUCAGUGCUCCAAGCAAGAUAAAUUUCUUCAAGGACAUUAUGAACAUCAUCGACUUCUUGGCCAUUUUACCGUUUUUUGUCACAGUAGGCACAGAGCUUGCCAAGGACAAAGGCACACCGCCAUCUGUGUCCCUGGCCCUCAUCAGAGUUAUCAGGCUUGUAAGAGUCUUCAGGAUCUUCAAGCUUUCUCGUCACUCCAAAGGCCUCCAGAUCCUUGGUCAGACACUGAAGGCCAGCCUGCGAGAGCUUGCACUCCUGAUUUUCUUCCUCUUCAUCGGGGUCAUCAUAUUUUCCAGUGCUGUCUACUUUGCUGAGGUGGACAGUCCCGGUACGCUAUUCACCAGCAUACCUGAGUCCUUUUGGUGGGCUGUGGUGACUAUGACCACCGUGGGCUACGGGGACAUGUGCCCAGGGACAGCUGGGGGAAAGCUGGUGGGCUCCAUGUGUGCCAUUGCGGGUGUGCUCACCAUCUCUUUGCCGGUGCCUGUCAUUGUGUCAAACUUCAGCUACUUCUACCACCGAGAGAUGGAAUGUGAGGACAACAGGGAAUACCACCAUGUCUCCACAUCACUCUGGGAAAAGGACAAAGAGGACGGUGAAGAGGAUGAUGAAGAGGAUGGAAGGGAUCAGGAUCCUGAAUGCAUGGUGGAUUAUGCACUUUUGUAUGAACAGAACAGGGCAAUGUGCCCACCACUCAAUGGGAACCUCCUGUCUGGGUUUUGUGCAGAACAGGAACCACAAGAUCAGCAAGGGAUAAAGUUCUCUCUCAAAGAACCUCUGGUUACCCAGGUGUGACAAAAAUAAUUCAUACUCUGACAACUUAAGGAAAGAGGUUACUGCUAAUAUGACAAAACAAGUCAGAGUUAUCAAGAUGAACAUGGCCACAAAUAUAGCUGGUUACUUUGAUUCUUGUAGCUCAGGCAUUUGUGCGGUUAAAUUUUGCAAAGUCUAGAAGGAAGCUAGGUUUUUAUCCAAGAGCAAAAUAUAAAAUAUUUUAUGUUUUUAUGUCUCCAUUUAUGUCACAGCCAUUGCAGCACCCUCCACCUUAAAGAUGUGUAAAAGAAAAAAUGUAAAAUAAAUUAAUAUUUUAUGGUAGAGGCAAAAUACCAAACUUAAUCCAACAUUUAAAUGGAACACAUAAAAAAACCUGUUAAUAUGUUUUUACCACUAGGACUUUGCUUAGUUGUUCCCUACAACGCAAAGAGAAGGAUCUUUGCACAAUCUUUCUAAAUCGCCCCUUUAUCCUCUCUUUUCAGACAUUCAUGGGAAAGGGUUGAUUUUGUGUCUGGUGAACCAUUUCUGCUUCAUUUGGUUGUACUUUUUAAAUGAAAAUCCUGCUAAAGACCCUAUCGCAACCCAUUUUUCCGUUUUCUGGCAGGUUCCACCAGAUGUUUUUAGUUGAAAUGUCCUGGUAUUUCAAAGAGUUCAUGAUGCCAUGCACUCCAAUAAGGCUACCUUGGGUGUUGGAGGAAAACACGGCCCACAACAUCACAGAUCCUCCACCAUACUCAACAGUGGGCAUGAGGUGCUUUUCCAGAUAUUGCUCCUUUGUUUGGCACUAAACUCACCUGCACUCUUUGUUGCAAUAAAGCUCAAUAUUAGUUCACAGUCAGUCAGUCAGUCAUUUUCUACUGCUUAUUCCAUAGUGGGUCGCGGGGGAGCUGGUGCCUAUCUCCAGCAGUCUAUGGGCGAGAGGCAGGGUACACCCUGGACAGAUCGCCAGUCCAUCGCAGGG